AUGUACUUUUCCAAGACGGGUAUUGUCGGCCUCUUUGCAGUUUUGCCAACUGCACUGGCAUGUCUCGGUUAUGAGGGCGGCGUUCCCACCCCUACAACCACCAAGACCAACAGCAAGGUGAUUGAAGUCAAGGCCGGUCAGGUUUACGAUGGUGGGUGGGCCAGGUUCGACCGUGGCUCUGGCGCUUGCAAUGAUCAAGCUGAAGGAGGCGACGCCGAUGCUGUCUUCUUGCUCCGCAGAGGUGCAACCCUGAAGAAUGCCAUCAUUGGCAAGAACCAAGCCGAGGGUGUUCACUGUGACGGCCCGUGUACUCUCGAAUUUGUGUGGUUCGAGGACGUCUGUGAGGAUGCCAUCACCGUAAAAAAUGACAAGGCAGGCGACCACACCUGGAUUAUUGGCGGAGGUGCCUACAAGGCGUCGGACAAGAUCAUCCAACACAACGGCUGCGGUACCGUAAACAUCAUCAACUUUUACGCCAACGACUAUGGCAAAGUUUACCGUUCCUGUGGCAACCAGUGCAGCAGCCAGUGCAAGCGAAACGUGUAUGUCGAGGGUGUCACCGCAUACAACGGCGGCGAGAUCGUCGGCAUCAACUCCAACUACGGCGAUACUGCUACUCUUAAGAACGUCUGCACUAAUGCCAAGGUCAAGUGCCAGAUGUACAACGGCUGCGCUGGUGGCUGUGAGCCUUCCAAGUCUGGUGUCUGCUCUGGAUAA